AUGGAGGAGCUGUGGGAAGCCGUGAAGCCGAUUCCGAACGCGGACGGAACGCUGCCAGCGGUGGAUCAGCGGAAAAGAAGAAAGGACGCACCGACGGCCCUCGAGGUAUGGGCGAAGCUUGAAGCAGCUUUCGAGGACACCGGACUAACCCGCCGCGUGGGACUGCUCAGGAAGCUAAUCACCACCACCCUCUCGUCGUGCGGCACGGUGAACAGGUAUGUGACGGAAAUCAUUUCCACCGCUCAUAGCCUUCGGGGAGUUGGUUUCGACAUUUCCGAGGAGUGGGUCGGUUCCCUACUGCUUGCGGGCCUUCCGGAGGAGUACAAGCCAAUGAUCAUGGCGCUGGAAAAUUCCGGCACCCCGAUCACUGGCGACAGCAUCAAGACGAAGCUGCUCCAGGAAGUCCAAUUUUCCAAGGACCAGACGGUGUUCGUGGGAAGAAAACCGUUUCCAUCAAAACCGAAGCAAGGUGCAGCCGAAGGACGGUCAGCUGAGCAGCCAAAAGGUCCAAAAUGCAAGCGUUGUCAUCGAUACGGACACAUCGCCAGGGAGUGCCAUGUGAAAAACGAGACGAAAAAAGGGUCGGCGUUUUGCACGGUACUAACAACCAGCGGUUACCAUAGCAACGAUGGCUGGGUGUUUGAUUCUGGAGCAUCAGACCACUUCACCAAGGAUCGAAGCCUGCUACAUGGUGAAAAACCGGCGAGUGGCGUUGUCAUGGCAGCCGACAAACAAAUGAUGAAGAUUGUUUCCACGGGUGUCGUCAAGCUUUCAAGUGCAGUCCUGAGAGUCCCCCCAUCGACGUGA